AUGGCGGGGCGCUCGGUGCUCUCAGCUGCACGGGGCAUCGUCAAUAUUCGCUUCAGGACGCCGUUUCUUACCUUUUCGGAACGUUUAAGCAAUGUUAACAUCGAUAUUAUUCAUCGGAUUGACAGAACUGGAAGCUACGCUGAGGAGGUUGAAACCUACUUCUUUGAAGCACUACAGAAAUGGAGGGAAUUGAACCUCACUCAGCAUUUUGUGCAAUUCUACAAAGAAGUAGCCAACAAAUGCCAGUCCUUCAACCAACUGGUUUAUUACCAGAGUGCCAUCGUGCAGAGCUUGAAAAUACAUUUGCAAGUCAAAGGGAGUCUUGCCUACCAACCCCUGCUAGACCUAGUGGUGCAACUGGCUCGAGAUCUCCAGGCUGACUUCUAUCCUCACUUUCAUGACUUUUUCCUGGCCAUCACCAACUUACUGGAUACACAGGACACAGAACUGCUGGAAUGGGCUUUUACUUCCCUUUCCUAUCUCUACAAAUACUUGUGGAGAUUGAUGGUGAAGGACAUACGUAACAUAUACAGUCUGUAUAGUACCCUGCUGGCUCACCACAAACUUCAUAUCAGAAACUUUGCUGCUGAAAGUUUUGUCUUUCUAAUGAGAAAGGUUUCUGAUAAAAAUGCUCUCUUCAAUUUCAUGUUCCUCGACUUGGGGGAGCACCCAGAGAAAGUGGAAGGUGUGGGACAGCUCCUUUUCGAGAUGUGCAAGGGCGUUCGAAACAUGUUCCACUCUUGUGCGGAAACGGCUAUGAAAUUAAUUCUGUCAAAGCUGGGCCCUGUUACUGAAGCAGAAAUUGAACUACCCUGGGUGGCUGUUGGAGAAGCGUUUGAGCAGAUGAUCAAAUCGGCUGCAGUGCAUAUCCAUAGGGAACAUUUUGACAUUGCCUUCAAGUGCCUGGAGGAGUCACUCUUAGACUUGCAGGGAAAAAUAACUAAGGGUAACUGCCAUGUGACUUCAGAGCAGAUGGAAAGGAUUCUGCAAGCCUAUCUGAUCCUAGUGGAAUAUGCAAAUGGAUCCAAAAUCCCACGGCCUGAGGAAGUCUGUCAGAUUUUAAUAAAAUUGAUACAAACUCCAGAUUUGACGGCAUCUUGCUGCAAAACCCUACUGAACACUAUUUGGCUGCUCUCUGAGAAUAUUUUCUUGCCUGAUACCUUGACCAAGGAAACUAUUGAGAAGGUAUUUGCAAGUGGGUUUGAAUCGCACUUCCUUUUGGACUUCUCUGAGGUGAUGUUCUCAAUGAAGCAAUUUGAGAGGCAUUUUCUUCCGUGCUUUCUAGCGUACAUUGAGCGCUGCUUCACUGGCACAGAUACCCUUGCAAAGGAUGAGGCGAUAGCAGUUCUGGCUAAACUUAUUCUGGCAAAAGCAGAGCCCCCCACCCUUGGCUCCAUGGCGUUUGAGAAGUAUCCUCUCGUUUUCACUGAACCACUGGCCAGCUCUGAUAUAAGACAGCAAACAAGCCAAGGAGGAAGGACACAGGUGCCAGUGUUGGAGCAUGUACUGUCUUUAAUCCAGUUACCAGCAAAUGAAGAUAUUGCUGAUCUUUCUCAGCCUUGGGCUGCCUUGGUUGUACUGCCACAUAUUAGACCUACAGACAAAGAAAAUAUCCUGCUGAGUGUGGCAAGUUUUACGGACUUUCUCUUCACAGCCAUUGACAAAGGAAACCUCUGCAAAGGAAUCCUCUUCGUGACCUGUCAAGCUGUGAGUACUCUCCUUAGUUUGGCAGAGUCUUCUGAAAUACUCCAUUUGUUACCUGUGGAGCGUGUCAAGAAGUUGGUGAUCACUUUCCCUUCAGACCCCUCGGCGUUGCUCUUGGCCGAUCUCUAUUUCACGAGGUUGGCGUUGUGUGGCUGCCGGGAGCCCCUUGCCCAAGGGAACCUGAUGGACCUGUUUGACAAAUUGCACCCUAAUAUUUCCACUGGUGUGUCCAAGGUCCGACUUUUGACUGUCCGGAUUCUAAAUCAUUUUGAGUCUCCAAUUCCUGCACCAGCUGAGGGUGAUUGCACAACAGACCUCCAGUCAGUGUUUGCCAUAUUGCUCCAAGCAGAACUUGUGCCAGCAACAGUGAAUGAUUACAGAGAAAAACUGCUCCAUUUGAGGAAACUAAGGUGUGAUAUAGUGCGGUCUGCAAUACCAAGUGGAUCUUUAGAAGAAGUGCCUCUUCGGUAUUUACUGGGAAUGCUUUAUAUUAACUUCAGUCCUCUCUGGGAUCCUAUAAUUGAACUCAUAACUUCUCAUGCAAAUGAAAUGGAGAAUAAACAGUUCUGGAAGGUCUUCUAUGAACAUUUGGAGAGGGCUGCUGUCUGUGCCGAAAUGGAGCUGCAAAAUGAACUAGAUGAGGAGGAAAGAAGCACUACUGAAAUGGAAAAGGAGAAGAUACCAGAAGGAGAAGUGGGGACUGUGUUCCUGGAGCAGCUGCAGGUUCGGACAGACUGCAGUGAGCGGCUGGACCACACAAAUUUCCGGUUUCUACUUUGGAAAGCACUGGCCAAGUUUCCAGACAGGGUGGAACCAAGGUCAAGGGAACUUUCCCCACUACUUUUGAGAUUUAUUAGAAAUGAGUACUACCCAGCUGAUUCAUUAGUGGCUCCAACUCAGGAUCUCAGAAAGAAAAAUAGCAGUGCAGUAGGAGCAAAAGAAAUUCCCAGUGAAGAAGUGAAUGAUGUUAUUAUGGAGGAGGAAGAAGAAAAGGAAGAAGGGGAACCAAUCGCUGUAGGGUUACCAAAAAAGAAAACUAGAAGAGCUGCUGCCAAGCAGCUAAUAGCCCACUUGCAGGUUUUCUCCAAAUUUUCAAAUCCCCGUGCCUUGUACCUGGAGCAGAAGUUAAAUGCAUUAUACACCCAGUUACUCUCCCACCAAGAUCAGAGCGUGCAAAGAAUUGCCCUUGAUUGCAUUAUGACAUACAAGCAUCCUCAUCUACUGCCCUACAGGGAGAACUUGCAAAGGCUACUGGAGGACAAGACUUUUAAAGAAGAAAUAGUCCAUUUCAGCAUUUCUGAGGAGAAUGCAGUAGUAAAAAUGGAGCAUCGACCAGCUCUCAUCCCUGUUCUUAUGAGAAUUCUCUAUGGCAGGAUGAGAAAUAAAACAGGAAGCAAAACACAGGGCAAGUCUGCUGCGAGCGUCCGCAUGGCCAUCGUGCUGCGAUUCCUUGCCGGCUCCCAGGCGGAAGAGAUCCGGAUGUUCCUGGACCUGCUCUUUGAAGCUGUGAAGCAAUUCAGUGAUGGACCUUGCCAGACCGCGGUGCUCCGGAGUAUGACAGAGCUGGACUUAGCUAAAGUGCUGCCACUUGGUCGCCAGCACAGCCUCUUCAAUGGCCUCGAAGUUGUACUGAAGAACAUGGGACAUUUGAUUAGUCAGUACCUGCCCGAAAUUUUACAGAUUCUGCUCUGUAUGACAGCUGUGAUAGCCUGCAUCCUCCAACAGAGAGAGAAGGUCCAACCCAGGUUGAUUAAUCCUCUGAAGAAUUUGAGACGUCUUGGACUCAAGCUUGUGGUUGACUUUUUUUCUGAUCAUGAGACCUACAGCUUCAGCGUGGAAGAGAUCAAUGCAGUUUUCCAUGCAGUGGUAUGGCCUCAGGUCUGUAGAUUGGCUUCAGAGAGUCAGUAUUCUCCUACUUUUCUGCUCAAACUCAUUCACACCUGGAGUAAGAAUCCCAGAUACUUUCCCCUGCUGGGCAAGCAGAAGCCGGAUCAGCCGGAGUGCGAUGUGCUGUCGAAUGUGUUUGCUGUGCUCUCCGCCAAGAACCUGUCCGAGGCGACAGCCAACCUCGUGAUGGACAUAGCUGAUCACCUGCUCAACAGCCCAGAUUUUGAACCCACGGAGCAGGUCUCCAGUGUGACUGUGACUGACUGUGUUGCUGUGGACACUGGUGACAUGGCAGAAGAGAGCCUCAGCCUGGGUUCCCGCUUGUUUCUGCCUCAUGUUCCUGCCAUACUGCAGUACUUCAGCAAGACAAUGUUAAACAUGGAGAAGGUGAAAAAGAAGAAGUUCAGAGCCCAAGUCAGUAAAGAGCUGAGUAUACUUUCCAAGAUCAGCAAGUUUAUACAAGAAAAGAGUCAGAAUUCAGUACUUGUGAGCCUCCUCCUCCCUUUCCUUCAUCAGAGUAACCUUGACCAGGAUACGGAGAUUGACAUUCUGGAGACGGUGCAGAACUUGUUGAGGCAUUGCUCAAACCCUACAAGCUUUCUCAAACCUCUGGCAAAGCUUUUUUCUGUCAUCCAGAACAAACUGUCUCGACAAAAGUUGUGCUUGGUAUUCCAGACCCUAUCUGAUUUGGACAGCGAAUUGAAAUACAUUACUGAUGUUGUUAAGCUGAAUGCGUUUGAUCAACGGCAUCUCGAUGAUAUCGACUUUGAUGUACGUUUGUCAGCAUUCCAGUCAAUCACAGCCCGUAUCAAAGAAAUGCAAUCAGUGGAUAUCAACUUCCUCAUCACUGUCAUGCACAACUGCUUUUAUACCAUCCAGCUGGGGGAUAUGGCUCUCAGUGACAAUGCAGGCCUGUGCUUGACCACAAUCAUCCACCGCCUGGCCCAAGUUGGCCCCGCAGAAGAUGCCUACAGGGAGUUAAUCCAGCACACACUCCUGGAGUCCCUGCGAAGGGGGCUGAAGAGCAAGACUGAGAGUGUCCAGCAGGACUACACAUCAUUGCUUGCCUGCCUCAUUCAGACAUUCCCAGCAAAUCCUGAAUUCCGCGAUAUGGUCCAGUUGACCAACCUCCAUGAUCCUGACAUGGAUUUCUUUGAGAACAUGAAACACAUCCAGAUCCACAGGAGGGCACGAGCCUUGAGGAGACUGGCUAAGCAGCUCACUGAAAAAAAGACUGUGCUGUCCUCCAAAUCCCUGCAGAACUACAUCAUGCCUUAUGCUACUACUGCCAUUUUUAAUGAAAAGAUGCUUAAGCACGAAAAUAUGGUAACAGCCUCGGUGGAAGUUGUUGGAGCUGUCUGCCGCCACCUCUCCUGGUCAGCCUACUUGUACCACUUAAAGCAUUUCAUCCAUGUCUUGCAAACGGGGCAGAUCAAUCAAAAGUUGGGAGUCAGUUUGUUAGAGACGGUGCUGGAAGCCUUUCACUUUGACCAUGAAACACUUGAAGAGCAGCUUCUGACCGUUGAGCACCAAGGAGCUGCUCCCAUGGAUCUUGAGCCGGUGGCGGAGGGUGAAGAAGCCAUGGAGCUGGAGCAGAGUGACGGGGAAGAGGAGAUGGUUGAGGAAAACAAAGAGGAAAAUCCCCCUGAGGAGCCGGCAGAGCCUGCACCGGUCCUACCUGAGCAGAGCGCUGAGACAUGUGAGGGUGUGAAGCAAGUGACCAAAACGGUUUCAUUCUUACCUCGAAACAAAGAAGAACUGGAGUGUCUGAUCAAACACAUCCAAGAGACAGUUACAUCCAACAUCUUGCCCAAGCUGCACAGGUGUAUUGUUGCAAAGGUUAAAAGAGACGAGGAACACAAGCUUGUGAAAUCCAACGUUGUGAACGACGAUGAGGUGGUUCGUGUGCCUUUAGCAUUUGCCAUGGUCAGGGUGAUGCAGUGCCUUCCCCAAGAAGUGAUGGAAGCCAACCUGCCAAGUCCCCUCUCCGUCCAGCUCCAUGUGCUGACUUUCACUGUGAACCUGUUGCUGAAGGGCCUUACAAGCAAGCUCAGUGCUGGUGAUUUGGAUCCCUGCUUAGAUAUCCUGGUUGAGAUUUUCAACCAGGAGCUGUUUGGGGACGUAGCUGAAGAGAAGGAAGUGAAGGGAAUCGUCUCCAAGGUCAUGGAAGCACGGAAGAGCAAGAGCUACGAAUCCUAUGAAAUUCUCGGCAAGUACAUAGGGAAAGGCCAGGUGACGAAACUUAUCCUGCCACUGAAAGAGCUCCUGGAGGGCACCGCCAGCCUGAAGAAGGUGCGCAAGGUGCACGAGGCCCUGCGCCACGUCAUGGCGGGGCUCAUCCUCAACACAGACAUGAGCCCAGAGUCUCUCCUCCUCCUCAGCCACGGUCUCAUCAGCGAAAACUUGCCCCUGCUCACCGAGAAGGCCAGAAGCAAAGCUGUGCCUCCUCCCGACCCUCGGCUGCAGCCAGCCAGCUGCCUGCUGCUCCAGCCCGCGCCCGUCCGCGGAGGGCCCAGGGCGCCCGUCAGCAGCAGGACGAACACGUCUGUCUUGGUGGAGUCGGGACUUCGGUUGCUACACAUGAGCCUGAAGAGAUCCAAAAUAAAUUCCUCCGAUGAGCAUGUUUUGGAAAUGUUAGAUCCUUUUGUCCAGCUGCUUAUGGACUGCUUGAAGUCCAUGGAUGUCAAGGUGAUAACUGGUGCUCUGCAGUCCUUAGUGUGGGUUUUAAAGUUCCCUUUGCCUUCCAUCAAUACAAAUCUUGAGCCACUGAUCAAGCAGCUCUUCCUCCGGCUGAAAGAAUUUGCCAAGACAGGAAUAGCCAAAGGCCAGAAUUUCCACCUCGUUGUGAACUGUUUCAAAUCGGUAACAAUACUUGUGAAAAAUGCCAAGAGCCACAUAACAGACAAGCAGCUCCAAGUGUUGCUUGGCUUUGCUGAAGAAGACAUUUAUGAUUCAUCACGCCAAGCUACUGCCUUUGGCCUUCUCAAGGCUAUUCUGUCCAGGAAGCUGAUUGUUCCUGAGAUGGAUGAUGUGCUGCACAAGGUUGCCCAGCUGGCCAUCACGGGCCAGAGCGAGCCCGUGCGGGUCCAGUGCAGGCAGAUUUACUUAAAAUAUAUUCUUGAUUAUCCCCUUGGUGACAAGCUGAAGCCUAAUUUGGAGUUCAUGCUCGCACAACUGGAGUAUGAGUAUGAAACCGGAAGGGAGUCGGCGCUGGAGAUGAUCACCUACCUCUUUGACACGUUCCCACAGGAGCUCCUCCACAAAUACUGCGGGCUGUUUUUCCUCUCUCUUUGUAUGAUGAUGGUGAAUGAUGACUCUGCCAAGUGCAAAAAGAUGGCAGCUUUGGCAUGUAAAUCCUUGCUCAGUAAGAUAAGCAUCGAGAAGCAAGAUCUGAUGUUUUCACUGGUCACACAGUGGUUUCACAGCAAGAAGAGCUCCCACCGACGGCUGGCCGCCCAGGCCUGCGGCCUCUUCGUGGAAGUGGAGGGGGUGAUGUUUGAGAGGCGGCUCCAGGCUGUGCUCGCCCUGGUUGAAAAAGAGAUCGACCCUGUUAAAUUCGAAAACAUAACUGAAGAGGAGGAGGAGAAGGCUGCGGACAAGCUGCUGUUCAGCUUUCUCGUGCUGCUAACAAAGCUGAUCACAGAGUGCGGCUUGAUUCAGUUAACCAAGAACAGAGAUGUUGUGAACAGCAUCUGGGGUCAUGUUCAGUCUCACCUGCGGUAUCCUCACAGCUGGGUCUGGCUGACAGCCACUCAGAUUUUUGGUUUGUUGUUUGCAUCUCACAAGCCAGAAGAUCUUGUCAGCAAGUGGAGAGAAGGAAAGGCAGGGAAGAGGAAGAAAGCGUUGGCAGAGCUGCCUAUAUCCACGUUCUUCUUGACAGCUGAGCUGGACAGUAAGAUGAAGGAGCUCGUGUUUGCCUUCUGCCAUCAGCUGCAGUCCAAGUUCCUGGACCAGUCUCUGGGCGAGCAGGUUAUAAAGAACUUGAUUUUUGUGGCCAAAGUUAUCUACUUGCUAGCCCCUGCCUCAGAAGAGGGUGAAGAGGCUGAAGGGGAGCUCAACUGUGACGUGGAAGAGCAGGAGGCCUCUGAAGAUGAGGGUGAGGGAGACCCUUCUGCUCAAGAGGAGGGAGGAGGAGAGGACACAGAAGAGAGAGGCCGGCCAGCCACAUUGCUGUGGGUCAUGAAGAAACUCUCCAUCAUGGCCAAGCGGGAGGCAGCGUAUUCCCCUAAGGUGCCCUUAAAGAGAAUUUGCGUCUUUAAGUUCUUGGGAGCAAUCUCGGUGGAUCUUGGGAAGGACAGAAUCAAGCCCUUCCUUCCAACAAUCCUCACCCCUCUGUACAGGGAGCUGAACAGCACCUAUGCAGAGCAAGAUCCAACACUGAAGAACCUUUCCCAAGAAAUUAUAGAGCUGCUCAAGAAACUGGUUGGACUGGAAGCCUUUUCCGUUGCCUUUUCUUCUGUGCAGAAACAGGCCAAUCAGAAAAGAGCUGUCAGGAAAAAGCAAAGGGCUUUGCAGGCUGUAGCAAAUCCUGACAUUGCUGCAAGAAGGAAGCUGAAGAGACAUAAGAAUAAAGCAGAAACCAAGAAGAGAAAAAUAGAAUUCCUGCGCCCUAGCUACAAGGCUAAGAAAGCUAGAAGUCAUGGACUGAAAGAUUUAGCAAUGGUGGAAUAAAAAGGCUUUCACCUUCUCAAGAAUAAUUUUAUGAAAAGGAACUUCCAGCAUGAGAACUAAUGAUUGUUG